GUGUGUGGGGGUUGUGUUCUGUAACUUUUCCAGGAAAAUAAGCAUGAGGAGAAGGUCCAGGAUCCUGACAGAGGGGAGGACGACACCAAGGCAGAGAUGGGGAGCAAAACCUGGGCAGACCUGGCUAGAGAGAUGAAGAUGUUCCUGUGGAACCCAGAGGAGAGAACAUGCCUGGGGAGAACAGCCAAGAGCUGGGGCUUGAUCUUCCUGUUUUACUUCAUUUUCUACACGUGCUUGGCAGGAAUGUUUGCCUUUUGCUUGUACGUGAUGCUGCUCACGCUGAGCCCCUACACACCUAGGUACCGGGACCGCGUGUCCCCACCAGGAGUAAUGAUCAGACCCUACUUGAAUGGGUUCACCAUUGCCUUCAACGUCUCUCAGCCCGGCACAUGGCAACCCUACGUGGACAGCAUGCACCACUUCCUAGCAGCUUAUGAUGACAAAGUUCAAGAGGAGAAGAAUAUUGAGUGCAUCUCAGGACGGUACUUCAUCCAAGGGGGCAAUGAAAGUGAGGAGAAGAAGGCCUGCCAGUUCAAGCGCUCACUACUGCAGAACUGCUCUGGCAUUGAGGACCCAACAUUUGGCUACUCUAAAGGCCAGCCCUGCAUCCUGCUGAAGAUGAAUCGGAUCAUAGGCUAUCGCCCUGGUGCUGGGGUCCCUGUGAGCGUAGACUGCAAAGUGCAGAAAGGCAACGAGAGCAAUCUCAGAUCAGUCGACUUCUACCCUGGAAACGGGACAUUUGACCUCAUGUAUUAUCCCUACUACGGCAAGCUCACGCAUGUCAACUAUACAUCCCCACUGGUGGCCAUGCACUUUACAGAUGUGAAGAAGAAUUACAUGGUCCCUAUUCAGUGCAGUCUGAAUGGGAAAGGUAUUAUCAACAACGUUAACAGUGACCGCUUCCUGGGCCGAAUUAUCUUCACACUCAGCAUUGGAAAGUAGCCACUACAAACACUGGGCACUUAGUUUAAGUCAAUCAGAGGCUUUUUCCUUUUAAAAGCAUAAAGCCAGCAUUUUUUCUGCUAGGAAAAACAGGCACAUGGAGAUUUUUGUUAAUUUAUUUUUGUUCAUAGUUAGGAAACAAAUGAGAUGCAAUGGAGCGUGGAACCACAUUUUUCAUCAUCUGAUGUAAAUCAUUAUUAGUAAAAAUUAAAAGUUAUCUCCUGGGCAGAGAACCUUCAAAAGCAGUUCAGUUUUGAUUUAUAAAAAAAUCUCUGUUGUCUGAACACUAUUUUCAUAAGGUCUUUUACGAGUGACCCCUGUGGAAUGCAUUUUUCCUGGCCUUAAAUUUUAAUCUUUACCACAGUUUUAUGUGCAUUUCUCAGGCAAAAGCUAACAAGAGGGUAGUUUAUUAGCACUGUUCUUGUUAAAAUAAUAAACAGCAAAACUUCUGGAUUAUGCCUGCAACAACACAGUUAAAAAGUGAAAAUGUCAGAACUCAAAAUGCCUCCUAGGAUCUUCAGCUCCAGGAGCAUCUUGACUGUAGCAUUUUACACAGCAUUGUUCAGCACACCCAAGGUGUUGGAGCAAAGGCCAUGUAGAAAAUCAUCUGCCCUUGAACCUUUCCAACUGUUCCUUUCUGAAGUGGGAAGUUUAAUGCAUUUCUCCCUCCUCCUCCUCACUCCAGUACUUCUCUCUGCUCCAGGAAUUCUCAUCAAGUCUAUUAAGCAGGACAAGUGAAGGGAGCUCUUCUUGCCCUGUCAUGUUUGCAGGUCAAGGGCUCCUCCUUCCCCUGGUCAGGCAUGGAAGUGCCAGUGAAAUAUGUUAGACCCCACCAAAUAUUGGGGCCUGUUCUUCCCUGUUCCAGAGAGGUCACAGUUAUAAUGCUGCAGGAAAGGCUUAGUCGUUUCAUCGUAAGGGGCCAAUGCUGGUAUUAAUCAUAAUCAUGAGUUUAUCAUCCUCAAGGACUUAUGAAGCACACCCGCCCUCAUCAAAGCAGGGUGCUGCUAGCCUGAGCAACCUCUGCUGGGCAGACAGCCUGACCCUUCCCAGCCCGUCAGCACAGAGCCCUCCUAUCUGACAGAGAUGGACUACACUCUGAGAACACAGCAGGACAGGACACCUUAGGAUAAUGUACUAGUUGGAAAGCACACUUACUAAAAUUACUGACUGAACAAGAGCAUUAUGGUAUGUUUGUCCUACAUCCUAGGCCAGGUACUUCAUCUGCCAUCAUUUCCUGAUCUAUAUAAGUUUAAGAAGUCAUUUUUUGUAUUAAGAAUAAAGCUACUACAGUAAAAUUAACUCUACGGUACCAUUCUUAAAACACUGGUGUAAGAGAUGCAGCCUGGGGCUUUAGCUCCCUGUGCUGGACGGUUAGGGACUGAAUGUCAAAGCAGCAUGUAAUAUGAUCCUGGAAUUCUGAGCACUUGGUUAACCUCUGGGGCCAAAGAGUUCAGAAGCCCAGUACAGUAAGACUCACCCUGCACUAAGUAUCACAAACAACCAGGAGGCAAAACCUACUUAUUAAAAAUGGUUAAAAACCUAAAGCAGAGGUAGUUUGGGAACUAAUUCUGUUCAGAUGUGGUUAUUCAUAUGACACUGACAGAACUAGGGCAACCUGAUGGUUCUGCAUGCACAACUCAUCUGAAAGGGCAUGUUCUGAUCAACAAAAACUGGCUUCUGCCAAUGAUGCUGCUGCUGGGGUGGUGGCUCUUCCUUUACCAUCAGAAAUAAGUUAAACCCAUGAACAGUUCUUUUAAAUUUGUAUUUCCAUAGGAUUCUGAAAGGAAACCAAACCCCUCAUGCUUCAGGUCAUGAAAUUAACAGCCCUCCAGCUAGCCACAGGACAAAACUUUGUAUCUAAUCCGUACCUGCCUAGGGGAAGGAUUUAUGAAGCAGCUGGUCCUUUAGCAGACACUGGACCCAUGCUUUGACCAAAUCAACAAAGAAAGAUCAACUAAUUGGGAUGUAAAUACAUGAGCAGCUUAGAAGCCAAAGUUUGUUUCCCAAACCAACAUUCAGAUCUGGUCACAUUGGCAAUCCACAUUGGUGGAAAAGCUCUCAGAAAUUGCAUGAAUGUCUAUUUACACUAAAACAAAGCUUCAUAAAUACUACAGGUAGCUUUAUUUUCCAGACACGUAUUCUGCUUUCAGAAUAUCUGUACAGUCAUUUCAAGAUUUGGAGAAUUGUAUACACCAGUCUUCAUGCUACAACCACCUUAAAGUGCUGGCUCAAUUUUUUGACUUCUACUGAAGCCAAAAUAAUACUUUAUAUGUAUAUAUAAAAUAUAUAUGUGCAUUUAGCAAAUUGCCAUAUUUUACUAAAAUAACCUAGCAAAAGUGAGGCAAAAUACUUUGAUCUGCAAUCUGAGCAUGAAACCAUGGAUGGAAUCCAUCUGCUGGCAGCAGAGAAGCCACACAUUCUGACAAGCAGGUGUUACUGCAAAAUUGCCAUUCUCGAAAUAAUUCACCAUUUACCACUGUGGCAGGGAAAUCAAGUAUUGCAAGAACAAAGGUACAAGACAAAAGACCAAGACAAACAAGCCCAAAGCACACAGUCCAACUCAGCAGCAUUAAAUUACACUCCUAAAAAA